AUGCCACCAAAGGAGGAUUGGGAAAAGCAGAAGCCUGCCGUCGAGAACGCAGAGGACGAUGCCGCGAAGAAGGGGGAAGAUGUGGCGCCAUUGACGGAGGAUGAUAUACAGGUACUGAAGACGUAUGGCGUUGCGCCAUAUGCUGUUAAGUUGAAAGAAACCGAGAACGAUUUAAAGGAGAUAGAGGCCCGGAUUAAAGAGAAGGCCGGUGUCAGAGAGAGUGAUACUGGGUUGGCGCCGUCACACUUAUGGGAUAUCAUGGGUGACAGACAGAGAUUGGGGGAGGAACACCCUCUGCAAGUGGCGCGGUGUACGAAGAUUAUCAAAAGUGGGGAAGGUGACGGCAACGGUAGCGGUAACAACAGCAACGGGGCCGCUGCAGAUGGCGCUGGUGCUGCUGCUGCUGCCGGUGAAAAUGCGGCUCAAGCCGCUGGUGCAGAUGAUGAUGAGGACGAUUCUAAAUAUGUCAUCAAUUUGAAGCAGAUUGCCAAGUUUGUAGUUGGGUUGGGCGAACGUGUCUCCCCUACUGAUAUUGAGGAAGGUAUGAGAGUAGGUGUUGACAGAUCCAAGUACCACAUCGAGCUUCCCCUACCCCCAAGAAUUGAUCCAACGGUCACGAUGAUGACGGUGGAGGAGAAACCGGACGUUACGUACAGCGAUGUUGGUGGUUGCAAAGAUCAGAUCGAGAAACUAAGAGAAGUGGUAGAGCUCCCUCUUUUGUCGCCGGAACGGUUUGCCACUUUGGGUAUUGACCCACCAAAGGGUAUAUUAUUGUACGGUCCACCAGGUACAGGUAAGACGCUUUGUGCGCGUGCUGUAGCGAACAGAACAGACGCAACCUUCAUCAGGGUGAUUGGUUCUGAACUGGUGCAAAAAUACGUCGGGGAAGGUGCCCGGAUGGUGAGAGAGUUGUUUGAAAUGGCGCGGACAAAGAGAGCAUGUAUCAUCUUCUUCGAUGAAAUCGAUGCUGUUGGUGGUGCCCGUUUCGACGACGGUGCCGGUGGUGACAACGAAGUCCAGAGAACCAUGUUGGAACUGAUCACGCAACUGGAUGGGUUCGACCCUCGUGGUAACAUCAAAGUUAUGUUUGCCACAAACAGACCUAACACAUUGGACCCAGCUUUGCUGAGACCGGGUAGAAUUGACCGUAAAGUGGAAUUUUCGCUACCAGACCUCGAAGGUCGUGCAAACAUCUUCCGGAUCCACUCCAAGUCGAUGAGUGUGGAGCGCGGCAUAAGGUGGGAAUUGAUAUCGAGACUAUGUCCAAAUGCUACCGGCGCAGAGCUACGGUCUGUAUGCACGGAAGCAGGUAUGUUUGCAAUCAGAGCAAGGAGGAAAGUCGCUUCCGAAAAGGACUUUUUGAAAGCAGUGGAUAAAGUCAUCAACGGUUACAAGAAGUUCAGCUCCACUUCGCGUUACAUGCAGUACAACUGA